CUCUGGGCGGCAGACCGGGCAGCGGCUGCUGGGGUCUCCAGAAGGUUUUUACAAAUCACAGCACUUUUAAGACAACAUUGAGAGGCAAAUCAUGAACACAAGAGAUUUUAUAGUUCUUCCAUGGGGAAAACCUGGAAAUUCUGUUAAGCUAAAAUAUAAAAAUGCACAAGAACUGCGGAUGGAGAAGGUGCAGCUGGAGCUGGAGAACAAGGAGAUGGAGAGAAAACUACAAGAGUUAGACUCCACCAGGCACAAAGAAAGAGAUAAGAAAGAGUCAAGUGGAUAUCACUGGAAAUCAGGGCAAGUGGGCAAAUUGGGCAAUCGAUCACACACGAUGUCACAAAAUAGAGGAAAUGUUAUUAAGGUAAAUGACUGUAUUCGUUUCUUCAGACUUUUGCAUUCCAAUGCCAUCAAGGCAUGCCUUGAAUGUGGAGAAGAUUUCUGUUCUGGCUGCUUCGCUAAAAUUCACCAGAAGGGGGCACUGAAACUCCAUAGAACGACUCUUUUACAGGUAAAACCUCAAAUUGUACCCAGUGUAUUGAAUGUUGCCCAUCGUUUUAUAAAGGAGGUUAAUCCAGAUGAACCCAAAGGGGAGAAUCACACUACAAAAAACAUUAGUGAAAGCUACCGGAGAACAAAACCUCUCUUUUUGCAGGAGAGCAGCACUGAGGUAGAAUUUACAGCGUCAGAAAAAGCAGAAUCCACAAAUCAAAAACCUGGGCUCUUGUGUGAAGGAUCAUUCAAUGAAGAAGCCUCCGCCAGGUCCUUUCAGGAAGUUUUACAUCAAUGGAGAACUGGAAAUCCUGAGGGCAAUGAGCAGCGAAACGCACAGGCUGCAAAACCAAACUCAAUGGAAGCAUGUGAAGUACAGACAAAUAUGAAAGUUUGGAGAGAACCACUGGAGAUUGAAUUUAAAGAAGACAGUCUAUCCUAUGUGGAAAAAUUGUGGCUUAAGAAACAUAGGAGAACUCUACGGGACCAACUUCUUAACACACAACCAGUUAAACCCAUGCAUUCAUCUGAAACCACUAAUGUGACACCGUUUUCGCCAAACGGAAGUGGCAAAGAGCAUGACGUUCUGGUGACCAAAGUACAGCACCCAGCUCUUUUUCUACCUGUAGAAGAAUUAAAAAUAGAGAGACCUGAACAGUCUCUGAAGAUAGUAGAACUGGAUGAUAACGCUUAUGAAGAGGACUUUGAAGAUUCAGGAAAUGCUGUGUCUUAUAAGGUUGAAUUACCUGAUGUAGACAGUACAAACUGUCCAUAUGGAAAUAACCUCCAUCCACAUCAUGUUUUCACUAUGGGAAAAAUAGAUCUCUUAAAUUUUUGUCUGACCACCAGCUCUUCAAAUCACAGAGAUAAUUCAAAAGCAGGAACUGCAAGUAUAGAUUGUGACAGCGUAGCUGAUCCUGGUGUUUCUUCUCCUGGCGUUGGAAUAAUGGAGGAAAACAGCUUCUGUGGAAAAAGUUUAACAAAGGAAUGGCUAGAUAAAGGAAGCUAUGAAAAGUCUGCUCAUUCCUGCACACGGUUUGAGAGUAAGAAUUCUUUGCCAAGUACAGAUUUUGAAGAACUUUCCAUUAAGGAGUUAUUAUCUCAAGACAUCAAAGAAUCUCUGGACCUUAGCAAUCUGCAUGAGAAGCCAUGCGCACAAGAUUCUAAAGCUACUGAAUCACAAUUGUUGUUACAAGAUAUAGCCCUCAGAAAUAAGCCUAUAAAUGAGCAUUAUCAUGGAUUUGAGAAAUUCUUUAUUUUUGAAGAAAAUGAAAGACUCAACUUACUUCCUUCUCAUAGUGUAGAAUGCUGCUCUUCUCUGACUAGGAUUUCACUUGCAGGAGACAGAGAAUGGAUCCCGGACCACAGCUUAAGUGAAUAUGCUAAUCAUGCAGUUGUCUUGAAUGUUCUGCACAGCAAUCAGGACCCACAAAUAAGUAGAACACAACAAAAGAUGGGUAAGGUUGACAAUAAGACAUCAACAGCAAACUUACCACUCUCCAAUGCUGUUAGAAAAGAGUCCAGCUGCCUUUCUCCCUCUCCGCUGCCCCCCAAAAGUGCGACUGGCCGAUCAUUAUCUAGAGCUGCCUCUGAAAUUUCAGAAAUUGAAUAUAUUGAUACUACGGACCACAAUGAACCUCUCUUAGACACCACUGCUGAUAAACAAGCCAUAGAAAAUUUGGAGAAAGAAUUAAAUGAACUGAGAAAUCUUGCAGAUUCUUCAGAAAAACUUCACAGCCUAACCUCAGAAGAGUUACCGGCCUGCAACAGCCACUCACAGAAUACAAGUAAGACUACCAUGGACUGCCUUAAGACCCCAAAUUUGAGGGUCCCCUAUGGUGUUGAGGAACAGAGUUCUUCUGGAAAAGAGACUGAAAUUGAAUCUUGGCUGACACUUUCUGAGAGCAGUGCAGAUGAGGAUGAAGAAGACUUUCUUGACAAGCAACAUGUCACCACACUACCAUGGCCAAGUAACCCUUAAUGAUUUCCUCCCCCCUUUUGUACCCAGGGUAAACUUAACAACUGAUAACA